UACGUUUCUCACCAGUAACGAGCUGAGAUUAUGAUAUUUUUAUUAAAUUAAUUAGAAUAUUAGUAGGUACGUAGUUAGUGAAAGAGUCGUUCUGUUUUUGGAUUUUUUUGGACAGAUACAUUAAUCAACAUGGCCCCAAGCCAUUAUAUCCUCCUGACAUCGUUGGUUGCAAUCUGUACCAGCCAGAGGUCACCUUACGCUGGCCGUUUCCCAGUAGGAUACCCUGUAAUAGAAACCACGACUUUAGCAAGCACUCAAAACGAUACUUUGGGGAACAGAUUUGGUGAAAAUUCAACAGUCACCACCACGACACAGCGCCUGCCCAUCGAAGCUCUCGGUGACAGAGAUUUAGUGAAUCGACUCGGAAAUCUACCUCAAGAUAAACAGCCCUUCUGGUUCCUCAACUGGCAAGCGUUAGAGGAGAAUAGGAAACGUCCGCAGUCCUACCCCUCAAGGCCAAACAUUUUUGUGGACAAUAUUUCUUUCCCCGCUGACAAUAGUCAAACCCAAAAUAAUCAGCCACCUAAUCAGAACAACCAAGGAUUUCCAAAUGGUCAGCAGCAGUUUCAAAAUAAUCAAGGUUUACCAAAUACACAACAACCAUUACAGAAUAACCAGGGUAUUCCGAACAAUCAACUACCAUUCCAAAAUAACCAAGGUUUUCAAAAUACCCAGCAACCAGCACAAAAUAAUCAAGGGUUUCUAAAUAAUCAACAACCAUUACAAAAUAACCAAGGCUUUCAAAAUACACAGCUACCUUCACAGAACAGUCAAGGAUUUUUAAACAAUCAACGACCAUUUCAGAAUAAUCAAGGAUUUUUAAAUAAUCAACCACCAUUCCAGAAUAAUCAAGGAUUUCUAAAUAAUCAACAACCAUUCCAGAAUAAUCAAGGAUUUUUAAAUAAUCAACAACCAUUUCUAAACAAUCAAAGACCUCCGAAUACACAACAAGUAUUUCCGAACAAUCAACAAGGAUUUCGAAGCGGACAAGUACCAGAAAUUGAUGACGAAUUUUAUUCCGAAAGUCCAGAAACGUUUUAGAUAUUGAUUUUGGUAACCAAAUACUCUUCAAUUAGAAAUUGUUAAUACGAACACUUGUGAAUAAUAUAUUAGGAACUUAAGUUGAG